UUUGGUGUACACCACACCACAGGCUUCUUCUACAGUCCACACCAGUUCAUCGCCGAACGCAUAAUAUUCGCCUCUGCCGAACCGGACGGGCAUCUUUGAAUUUUAGCAAGUGUUGAUGGGUUCGAAUGAUGAGAGAUGCAGCGAUAAUUUUGAUUUAGGGCUUGACGUCUCUCCCAAAGAGGACUACGAACUUAGGAGUACAAUCAUCGAUGAUGAUAAGGAUAAAUUUGUGUCCGGAAUUAAUCGCCAUAAAUAUAAAGCUGAUGUAAUCCCGCUGGUGCACUGGGAAUGGAUUUUUGACUAUGGAGCCCUUAAAUGUGCUGCCGCAUUGCUUCAAGGAGAGACCAGUCAGACGGUUGAUUUCUACAGCAGUGACACAUUCAGAUUGCCCAUGACGCAUACACUGGCUCGUACUUAUAACUAUGACCUUAUCGAGUUAUUUAUUUGCCAUGGAGCUUCAUUUGAUCACAGGUGUUAUGGUGUCGGACAAUCUUUGUGGUACCUAGAAGGGAAGCUGGCACUAAAUACAGCUGUUGAAUCAAUAUCAAAAAGCAGAUGGAUUCUAUCAGGGUGCUUGUAUUGAACACGAAAGAAGCUGAGCUAGAAAUUUGUCACUAUGCAAAGGAAGGAAAUGUUGUAGAACUGGCUGUUCUUCUGAUGACUGCUAGGGAAGAGGUGGCUCUACUCAAGUCUCAGAUCAGAGAUGGUUCUACUUCAAAUGGUCGUAUAUCUAUCCACCAAUAUAUCUUAAGUAAGUUGGAAGCACUAAUUUGUGAGGAGUACAAACCCACAUCCUACAAUGAACAAAAGAAGUUGCUUCUGGCGGGCAAGGAGAAAAAGGCCGCGUUUACAUCCGUAUUAGUGCUGCUUGAAUUUUUUGAGAUGGAGGGUGACACUAUCGAAGCAUAUAUUCGGCAAGAACGAGCUAAUUUGUCAAAAGAACAGGUGGCCUUAGAUAUUGCAUGGCUGCUCCAGGGAGCGAAGAUACUGCCAAAGUACCAAGGCAUUAAUUUGAACAAGAUCUGGUCAAGACCUGAGAGGCGUUUAGGAUUUAUGCAACCAACGAGGUAUGCAAUUCGAGCAAAGGAAUUGGUGAAGAAGAAGCUGAAAUAUGGGGAAAUGAAUGAUAACACAAAGGUGGGUAUCGGGGGACCUGAGGUAUCAGUUACAGAAGAGCCAAAGGCAGCUAUCUCUCUUAGUUCUAGCAAAAGUUAUCAUUUUUCAAAAAUUUGUAAGAGCAACAGAGUCCCUAAAAAUGAUUGUGGCAAAGCUUCAAACAAAGAGAUUAACAUUUUUCCAACUGGUUGGACCUUUAUGGCCCGAUCAUUCCAUACAAUACGAGCAGCCUCAGGUUCUCAGUCUACCUCCUCUAGGGAUGUUCAGGCAAAGAGAACGAUCAAACCAUAUCUGCGAAAUGUUUUGUCAUGCCAGCAAUGGGCCUCCAUUGCGAUUGCUAUUAAGAUGGGAAUAAGGCGUUUAUGAUUUGAUUAUGUACUCUUUGAGCAUCUGCACUACUGCACUUUCUCUCUGCUGCUGAAGUAGGUGAUGGGGAUGAAGUGAUGCAACCCAUCACAACUAAUGUUGCUAUUGGCUGAAAAAUGACCCCCUAUUCUUACUCUGCAUCCUCCUUUAGAUAUUUUGUAAAGAAUUCAUAUCAGCCAUUUUAUUUCUUUGGCGGGUUACAACCUUUUGACCCUCAAUAUUUGUGAUUGUUUUGCUUUAAACUUUUGUAUCUUCAUGUAUUUGUUCUAAGAUCUUAAGCUUUGUAUCUCGAGAUCUUGUUAUAAGAUCUUGUGAUUGUUCUGGGCCUUAUUUUGUUAGGGUAUGAUUGACUCUAUUUGGAGUAGA